GGCCUCAAAGCAUCCCCAAAAGACCACAUUUUGUCUCCAUCAUUAACUUAUAAUAACAGCAAAUCACAACACACAACCAAACCCACAUCAUAGAAUCAUAAAUCAGAAUCUCUCCAUUCAUCAAAGAAUCCUAAAAAUGGUUAGAGAAAGAAGAAAGACGGAGAAAGUAGAAGAGAAGCAAGAACAAGAUAUUGUAGAUCAAGAAGAGAAGGUGAAGCCAAGGCAAAGAAGCGUGAGCAGAAGAAACAUGCAAUCUUUGGUGAUCGGGCUCGUUGGAGCUGCGUUGACUCUUGGUGCUUAUUCUCAGACGUAUGUUGAUCCUGGCAAAUCUCUUGGUGCUGGCCUCUUCGUCCUCUUCUUUGGUUUGCUUGUCAGCGAAGGUUUCAUCUCUCUUUGAAAACAAUGUUUCGAUAUCAGCAAAUCAUUUUUUUUGGGUUUAUGUAUGUUGCAAAAAUACAUAUCUAUGAGCAUCUCGUUUCAUUUUUAUUUUGUUUCAAUUGUUGGGAUCUUGUACUUUUUAAUUAAUGUGACGAACCCCAGAUUGCUUUUUACGAUCUUUUUUUUUUGUCUUGUAAUUAAGAAUAUAUAUGUUUUGAUCUUUGAGAA